AUGGAGUCCUCCGAGCAAGACAGCCGAACCUCCACCCCUCGGUCGUUUACCGGCCAGACCGUGUCCGCCGAGGAGAUGCUCAAGUCGCAAACCGUCGGCCUCGUGCAUCUAUCCGACUUUCGCAAGCGGCGCGCAGAGGUUUUGGAACAAAAGGAGCGCGAGGCGCAUGAUAAGUCGCUUGGACGACUGGCAUCUGGUAAUUCACGAAGCGCAACUCCUUCUGCAGGCGAAGUGACUGACGGGUCUUCGACACCACGGAGUGACGCUCCUCCCAAAAAGAAGAAAAAGAAGGCUCUCAUGAAGAGUAAGCUUUCGUUUGGCGAUGAUAAUGACGACACCGGCGAAGAGUCCGCCGCGACACCGCGCGACUCGAGCAUAUCACGAUCCAGUUCAAAGACCCCCAUGGAGGAGGGUACCUCUGUAGCUGCUCGCCGCAUGAAGGCGAAUCCGAACGCGCCGCCUCCUCCUAAAGCGAAGACUAAGGCCGCAUUGGAAGCUGAGGCGCAGGCUCGCGACACACUACGGAAGGAAUUUUUAGUGAUGCAAGAAGCGGUUAAGAAUACCGAGAUUGCCAUCCCCUUUGUCUUGUUUGAUGGCACCAGCAUACCUGCUGGAUCUGUUAAGGUGAAGAAGGGGGAUCCUGUCUGGCUGUUUUUGGACCGAUGCCGCAAGGUUGGCGCCGAGCUGGGAGCUGGUGGAGCCAACGGUGCCUCGAAGGCACGGAAAGAUAGUCGCCGGGAAUGGGCACGAAUCAGUGUUGAUGAUCUGAUGCUUGUGAAGGGCGAUGUUAUCGUUCCACAUUUUUACUAUUUCAUCGCCAACCGAGUGCCCAGUUUCUCUCGGGCUGGUGGGUUACUCUUCGAUUAUUCUGACAAACCUCCUCCAGCUAAGUCAGACGACGAUCCCUUAUAUCGUCCCAGUGACCACAGCAUAGAAGGUGAGGACAAAGAUGCCACGGAAACCAAGGUCGUAGAUCGACGUUGUCACACCUUCUGUCUCGGAUGUGCAGACGGCCUCGGACUCUCUCAUCCCACUGCGAAUGAUCGUCGAUGCCCUGCCUGCCAGACCGUUCUAUCCAACCCUGAUGAUGCCGUAUCAACCAUCCUGAACCCGACAGAAGACUACAAGACAAGUGUGCUGAGUGGCCUGGACCCGAACACUAUCAUGGAGUGUGCUGGCCGGGCAUUAGGCUUCUGGGCAUACCAGAGCACCCAAGAGAUGUAG